UUUGUACUUUGACCCUCCUCUCUUCCACUACUUGCGCUACUAGGAAGGAGGGAUCGGAAGUAUGUUGUAAUGAAAAAAGGGGAGAUCUUUACAUUAAGAAAGGACCGAAAGGAGGAGGCAGUGACAUUUGAUGUUAUGGCAUCUGAAAGGGAAUACAGAUGGACUGUUUGUGCAGUGAUUGUGCUUUCCAUAGCUCUGUGUACAGCUCAUAUGACAGAUCGACCUGCCUCCUCUCAUCCCCACCGAAAAACCUCUGUGCUGAAGAUGGAUGAGGCCUCCCUUUCAGUUACCAAUGAGAUUGAGAAUGACAUGAUGUUAUAUGUGGUUUCUGAUCACUGUUACAAGUGUUUGCCUCAGCUGUUGGGAGUAAUACCUGCAAGUCCAGCUUCUGGGACCCCCACUACGGUGGGGUUUGUUGUAGGCACACAACACGCACUUACACUGCAGCUCAACAGCACCUCUGCAAACUUGGAGCAAUGCAAUGUUAACUUCCACUUUGGGGAGCAGGGAAACUAUUCUCUGUGGGUGAAGAACCUGAAUGAGCCAUCACGGGUCAACUGCUCGAUGAUCACUGAUUCUGAGCCCAUUAACAGCUACCUGCCUAUUUUGUUUGCUUUUCUGGUAUUUGCUCUUCUGGCUGCUUUAUCUGCUAUCUGGAACACAGUUAAAAGACUGGAUGUGGUGACAAAUCUACUUCUUCGCUUGGGGAGACCAGUGGAGACAGAGAGGCUGAUAAACUCGGAGCUAGGCUCUCCAAACAGAUUGGUAGAUGCCUCUAUGGAAUCGAUCAUUCCUGCCACUACAGGACGGAGGCUUCGUUCUUUGGAUACUUUCCGUGGCCUUGCACUGGUCAUUAUGGUGUUUGUCAACUACGGAGGUGGACGUUACUGGUUCUUUAGGCAUGAAAGUUGGAAUGGGCUCACGGUGGCUGAUCUCGUGUUUCCUUGGUUUGUGUUUAUUAUGGGUACUUCUAUUGGUUUGUCCCUGAGCGGUUCAUUGCGCAGAGGUGUCAAACGCACUCAUCUGCUGAGGAAGAUUUUCUGGAGGAGCUUACAACUCUUUCUUAUCGGAGUCAUCGUCGUCAAUCCUAACUACUGCCAAGGACCCUUGUCUUGGGAUUCUCUGCGUAUACCUGGUGUAUUGCAGCGUCUGGGCUUCACGUAUCUCGCUGUCGCUAUCUUGGAUCUUAUGGUGGCACGGAACAGACUUACCAACUUGUCAAGUGAAACAUGCUGGUAUUCGGUGCAUGAUGUCUGCCUCUACUGGCCCGCAUGGCUGGUUGUGAUUGCCUUAGAGACAAUAUGGUUGUGUUUGACCUUCCUCCUCCCAGUCCCAGACUGCCCAACUGGUUAUUUGGGUCCAGGGGGCAUUGGUGACUUUGGCCAGUACCAAAACUGCACCGGUGGAGCUGCAGGUUACAUUGAUCGCUGGCUGCUGGGAAAUAACCAUAUUUACCAGACGCCUUCAUCACGGGUUGUAUACCAGUCUGUGGUGCCCUUUGACCCUGAGGGUGUUUUGGGAAGCAUCAACUCUGUAUUGAUGGCCUUUUUGGGUCUUCAGGCAGGGAAAAUUCUGCUGCAUUACAGAGACCAACACAGGCAAAUAAUCCCACGAUUUCUCAUUUGGGGAUUCAUACUGGGAGUCAUCUCAGCUGUAUUGACCAAGUGCUCCAGAAAUGACGGCUUCAUCCCUGUCAACAAAAACUUGUGGUCUUUGUCCUAUGUUACGACUCUCAGCUGUUUUGCUUUUGUGGCGCUGGUAGUUUUUUACUAUUUGGUGGAUGUAAAGAAGUGGUGGUCUGGUGCUCCCUUCUUCUACCCUGGUAUGAAUUCCAUUUUGGUGUAUGUGGGUCAUGAAGUGUUUGAGGAAUAUUUCCCUUUUCGUUGGAAAAUGGCCAAUAACCAAUCACACACAGAGCACCUGGCACAGAACCUCGUGGCCACCUCCAUAUGGGUGAUCAUAGCCUAUCUCCUCUACAGGAAGAAGAUCUUCUGGAAGAUAUGAAUGUGUAUCUCUGUACUCAGAUUUUAGGAGCUGGUCUUCAUUGUGAAAAAGAGAUUAUUUGGAUAUUUUUAGUUGUAGAAAAUCAGCAGAUCUCGGAACAUCUGUGCAGAGACUAAAACUCACACAUGAUCCAGGAAUAGAACUUGGCUAUUAUCUGUGAAGUGCAGAAAGAAGAAAAAAAGAAGAGCAUGUGACUGUGCCAAGAUAACUCUGUGGACUCAACAAAGCCCUCAGAAUCAAUGCUAAAAUGCCAAGGCCAGAUUCUGCUAAAAUUAAAUUCAGUCAACUCGUUUGGGUUAAUGAAUGACAUUUUGAAGCUCAAUGGUGGAUUAUGAUUGAUUAUGGAAUUUCCUAAAUCAUGAUAUGAAAGAAUUCUGAAAGUCUCUGGACCAGUUUAAAUUUAAUGAAGGUAUUGAUUUAUGCAAUUAUGAAAUUAAAUCAAAUGAGAAGGGGAACAGAACCCCA